UUUAAAAAACGCGCUUGUGAGAACAAAUCAGGGUAGCCAUUCCAUUCCGCACGGGUACAGCAGCCUCCACUCCUCUGGUGAAAUUGACCAGUCAGACAUCCGUCAGCGCCACCGGCCAACUCGCCCCCGCCCUAGAUUCUGCCGUCCUACUACCACCCGAGGUGAGGAUCGUUUUGACUGACCUCUCGGUGAGUUAACUACGGCGAGGACGAUGGUAAAGGAGACGGAAUACUACGAUGUGCUCGGUGUGAGCCCCACGGCCACCGAGGCUGAGAUUAAGAAAGCUUAUUAUGUUAAGGCCAGACAAGUUCAUCCAGAUAAAAACCCUAACGAUCCUUUGGCAGCACAAAAAUUUCAAAUUUUAGGCGAGGCCUAUCAAGUGCUGAGUGAUACAACCCAAAGACAGGCAUAUGAUGCCUGUGGGAAAUCUGGAAUUUCAACAGACUCAAUUAUUGAUCCUGCAGCUAUUUUUGCCAUGCUUUUUGGAAGCGAGCUUUUUGAGGAGUACAUAGGCGUGCUUGCUAUGGCAUCAAUGGCGUCAUUGGAUGUUCCAACAGCUGGUGAAGAGUUUGAUACAAAAAAGUUGCAGGAAAAAAUGCGGACUGUCCAAAAGGAAAGGGAAGAGAAGCUCGCUAGCAUACUGAAAGGUAAACUUAACCUGUACGUCCAAGGAAAUAAAGAAGAAUUCAUUCAUAAUGCUGAGGCUGAAGUGUCAAGACUUUCGAAUGCUGCUUAUGGUGUGGAUAUGCUGAACACCAUUGGUUACAUAUACGUAAGGCAGGCAGCAAAAGAGCUUGGAAAGAAAGUGAUGUACUUAGGCGUGCCGUUUGUCGCUGAAUGGUUCCGAAAUAAAGGGCACUUCAUCAAAUCCCAAGUAACUGCUGCAACAGGCGCCAUUGCGUUGAUUCAGCUUCAAGAAGACAUGAAAAGGCAGCUCACUGCUGAAGGAAAAUACACAGAGGAAGAACUCGAAGCGUACAUGGAAACACACAAGAAGCUAAUGAUCGACUCCCUCUGGAAGCUCAAUGUUGCCGAUAUAGAAAACACCCUCUCGCACGUUUGCCAAAUGGUUCUUCAAGAUAACAAUGCAAAGAAAGAGGAGCUCCGGAUGCGCGCAAAAGGUUUGAAAACCCUCGGCAAAAUUUUCCAGAGGGUGAAAUCUAGCUCCGGUGCAGAAAGUACACAAAGUGAUCCAAUUCAUCAAUUGAAUGGAAGCGAGGCGAAUAACAAUCCGGCGAACACAUCGGCGAGAUCUUUGAACAAACAAGACGAGCCGUAUAAGACUCCAUUCGAAGCCCAGAGUCCGUACGUGGAGGCGCCCCCGUUUCCGGGGGCUGAAUACAGCAACUUUCCGAUGCCGACUGCUCCACCGGGCGCUCAGAAACAUCCUUGAGAUGGAAUGGAUGAUGUAUGGUAUGUGCUCUUCCUCCUUUGAUGGUUUUUGUGUGUUUAUUUAUAUGCAUGCAUGCAUUUACUUGUUUGUUGUGAUUUUUUUCUUCCCAUUGUUGUGUAUAGAUAUCAAGCAAUCUUGUAGGUUUUUGUGCUAUUCUUAUUAUUAUUAUUACUAUAUGCUCUCCACCCAAA